GACGCGCGUUGUUGAUACUGCGAGUUUGUGCGGCAGUGGCGCUAGUGGGUUCGCUGAGGGAAAUUAUAUUGUUUAUUCGAGCAGGAUCGCAGCAUACGGAGACGAAGUGUCAUAGAACAAUGGAUGGCCUACACGUGCGUUUGUAUUGGUGAUUUGGCGCUCGUCCAAUCAAUCGAUUCGCCAGGUACCUCUGUGAGGUCGCUUCGGCGUCAAAUUGCACCUGACAGCGACAAUCUGAAGACGGUGUGGACAACAAAGGCUGAACGAGAACCCAACAGCUCCAUCCAACCAAACGGAAUGACAAAUCCGAUGGUUUAAGCUGUCAGAUAUCGGCAGUGAAUGUAACAAAGUGCCAUUUUCAACCGUUACAGUUUUUAGUAGUCGUAAUUUUGAUCAGUUGUUGGUAAAGAGGGAAUAUUAUGGUGUUUCUUGCAACAUGAACGCGCAUGCUUGCAGGACAGGGAAUGCUCAUUCGUUUGUGCGGUAGCUUAAAAGCUGUGCCAUCUUUGAGUUUUUCUCGUGGACAUUAUUUCUAGCGUUAUAGCAAGUCAACGUCUUUUCUGGAAUUAAAAUAUAAUUGCGAAAAACGAGUUGCCUACCCGACAUCGCCAGAGAACCCUUGCCACACAGCUGAAGAGCAAGCAUCUAGUCUGCGGAAUCAAUUAAAUCUACAAGAUUUGAUGUGCUCUGAACGAAAUUAACGUGGAGAUGUGGGUCAACCCCGAAGAGGUCUUGUUGGCCAGCGCGUUAUGGAUGACCGAGAGGGCGAAUCCGUAUUUCGUUCUUCAGAAAAGAAAGGGUCACGGUGAUGGAGGCGGAGGACUUGCAGGCUUGCUGGUGGGAACCCUGGACGUUGUGCUGGAUUCCAGUGCUCGUGUGGCUCCCUACCGGAUCCUUUACCAGACGCCUGACUCCCUGGUGUACUUGACCAUUGCCCAUGGGACCUCUAGGAAGGAGAUAACGGAACACUGGGAGUGGCUGGAACAGAAUCUGCUGCAGACUCUAUCCAUCUUUGAGAACGAGAAUGACAUCACCACCUUUGUGAAAGGCAAAGUACAGGGCAUCAUUGCAGAGUACAGCAAGAACCAUGAUUUGAAGGAUGAUGACGACACGGACAAGUUCAAGGAGGCCAUGGCUAAGUUCCGUAAGCUGUUUGGGAUGCCUGAGGAGGAGAAGCUGGUCAACUACUACUCCUGCAGUUACUGGAAGGGCCGGGUGCCCAGGCAGGGCUGGCUCUACCUCAGCAUCAACCACAUCUGCUUCUACUCCUACCUGCUGGGCAAAGAGGCCAAGCUGGUGGUGCGCUGGGCGGACAUCACGCAGCUGGAGAAGAUCGCCACGCUGCUGCUGCCGGAUGUGAUCCGCGUGUGCACGCGCUCCAACGACCACGUCUUCUCUGUCUUCCUCAACAUCGCAGAGACCUUCAAGCUGAUGGAGCAACUGGCCAACAUUGCCAUGCGCCAGCUUCUUGACAACAAGGGCUUCGAGCAGGACCGCUCACUGCCCAAGCUCAAGAAGAAGUCGCCCAAGAAGGUGUCCGCCCUCAAGAGGGAUCUGGAUGCACGGGCCAAGAGUGAGCGGUACCGGGCGCUCUUCCGCCUGCCCAAAGACGAGAAGCUGGACGGGCACACAGACUGCACCCUCUGGACCCCCUUCAACAAGAUGCACAUUCUGGGCCAGAUGUUUGUCUCCACCAACUACAUCUGCUUUACCAGCAAGGAGGAGACCCUGUGCAGCCUCAUCAUCCCCCUCAGAGAGGUCACUAUUGUGGAGAAGGCGGACAGCUCCAACGUCCUGCCCAGGCCGCUGUCAAUCAGCACCAAGAACCGCAUGACCUUCCUGUUUGCCAACCUCAAGGACCGUGACUUCCUGGUGCAGCGGAUUUCCGACUUUCUGCAGCAGACCACCUCUAUGAUCUGCUUUGAGCGGGAGAUCACGGGCAGUCUCAACAGCUUUGACGAUGAGGUGUAUUCCCAGCAGGGCAGUCUGUUGUCCUGCAGUCCUCAGCGCAGCAGUGUAAGCUCAGAGACGGAGGGCGAGCGCCAGUUCAACCUCAACGACAACAGUGUUCCCACAGCAACGCAGGCCCUCAUGACCAUGUACCGACGCCGUUCCCCUGAGGAGUUCAACCCCAAACUGGCUAAGGAGUUCCUGAAGGAGCAGGCAUGGAAGAACCACUUUGCAGAAUAUGGCCAGGGUGUGUGCAUGUACCGCACGGAGAAGACCAAGGACCUGGUGCUCAAUGGCAUCCCGGAGAACAUGAGAGGAGAAAUGUGGUUGCUCUUCUCUGGGGCCAUCAAUGAGAUGGCCACCCACUCCGGCUACUACGAGAAUCUGGUGGAGAAGUCCAUGGGGAAGUACAACCUGGCCACGGAGGAGAUUGAGAGGGACCUGCACCGCUCGCUGCCCGAGCACCCCGCCUUCCAGAACGAGAUGGGCAUCGCCGCGCUCCGACGGGUGCUCACCGCCUAUGCCUUCCGCAACCCCAACAUCGGCUACUGCCAGGCCAUGAACAUUGUGACAUCGGUGCUACUGCUCUACGCUAAAGAGGAGGAGGCCUUCUGGCUACUGGUGGCUUUAUGUGAGCGGAUGCUGCCCGACUACUACAACACCAGAGUCGUAGGCGCUCUGGUUGACCAGGGUGUGUUUGAGGAGCUGGCGCGGGAGUACGUGCCCCAGCUGUACGACUGCAUGCAGGACCUGGGCGUGAUCUCCACCAUCUCCCUCUCCUGGUUCCUCACGCUCUUCCUCAGCGUCAUGCCCUUCGAGAGCGCCGUGGUGGUGGUGGACUGCUUCUUCUACGAGGGUAUCAAGGUCAUCUUCCAGCUGGCGCUCUCCGUACUGGACGCCAAUAUCCUCAAGCUACUGGGCUGCAAGGAUGAUGGGGAGGCCAUGACGGUGCUGGGCAGGUAUCUGGACAGUGUAACCAAUAAGGACAGCACUUUGCCACCCAUCCCUCAUCUGCACUCCCUCCUCACGGACGAUGGAGAGCCUCACCCAGAAGUAGACAUCUUCAAACUGGUCCGCAGGUCCUAUGAGAAGUUUGGCUCCAUCCGAGCAGACGUGAUCGAGCAGAUGCGAUUCAAACAGAGGCUGCGGGUCAUUCAGACCAUCGAGGACACAACCAAGCGUAACGUGGUGAGGACCAUUGUGACUGAGACGGCCUUCAGCAUCGAUGAGCUGGAGGAGCUCUAUGUGCUCUUCAAGACAGAACACCUGACCAGCUGCUACUGGGGUGGCACCAGUAACCCCACGGUGGGCCACGACCCCAGCCUGCCCUACCUGGAGCAGUACCGCAUCGACCUGGAGCAGUUCAAGGCCCUCUUCGCCCUGCUCUUCCCCUGGGCGUGCGGCACCCACUCGGAGGUGCUGGCCCUGCGCUUCUUCCGCUUCCUGGACCACAACGCCGACACGCUCAUCAAUUUCCGCGAGUUCAUCAGCGGCCUGAGUGUGCUCUGCCAUGGAGACCUUACUGACAAACUCAAGCUGCUCUACAAGAUGCACGUCCUGCCCGAGAUUGUGUUGACACAUGAGCAGGAAGAGCCUGAUUCAGCGUUCGAAGCCACACAGUACUUCUUCGAGGACAUCACCCCAGAGACAUCACAUGGCCUUGACCCCAAAUGCAAGAAUGAAAAGGAUGACGGCUUUGUGAGGGUGACCUUCAAAACUGACAAAGUGAAGAAAAUGCACACUCCAGACUACAGAAACUACCUGCGCCUGUGGAACCAGGAGGCCAAGACGAAGCUAGAGAAUAUGAAGAACCUGCCCAAACUGAACCAGAGCCAGUUCAUUGAGCUGUGUAAGACUUUGUACAGCCUGUUCAGUGAGGACCCUAACGAGCAGGAGCUGUACCACGCCACGGCCACCGUCACCAGCCUGCUGCUGGAGAUGGGCGAGGUGGGCAAGCUCUUCUGCAGCCCCUCCAGCAAAGAUGAGGACGAAGAAGACGAGGACGACGACAAAGACGAGGAAGAGGAGGCGAUGCGAGGCAAGGCCAGCGGCAAUGGAGUACAGCUGACGAGCCGCCAUCUGCAGCGCAGGGGCCAGGGUGACUCGCUGAGCUCCAGCACGGAGGAGAACCAGCCCAAGCCCAGCGGUGGAGAACAGCAGCAGCCUCUGCCCUGCACCACCCCCAUGGAUGACGUUAAGCUGGACGAGUCAUCCCCCAAAGAGACGGGCACGUCCUCGACCAUGUUCAUCUCCGACGACGAGACCAAAGACGACACGUCCAUGUCCUCCUACUCAGUGCUGAGCGCCGGUUCCCACGAGCUAGACGAGAAGCUUCACUGCGAGGACAUCGCCGACGACGCCGUCCUGGUGCGCAGCAACGGGCUCCACGGCAGAGCCGGGCCUCAUGGUGGCGCUGGGCCUCACGGCGGAGCUGGGUCUCGUGUUCCAGGUGGGCCCCACGGCGAAGGUGGUCUGCCUCACAGUACCAGCAUUGACAGGGACUGGGCCAUUACCUUCGAGCAGUUCCUGGCCUCCGUGCUGACCGAGCAGGCUCUGGUGCUCUACUUUGAGAAGCCUGUGGACAUAAUAGCGCGCAUCACCAACGCCAAGAACGUGCGUAAGGUCUGCAGCACGCACUCGUCCAUUAGUGAUUAUGAGCUCUCGCUCUCAGGGUAGGUGACAUCAGACAAGAUGGCCCCCUAUCCAACUCGCCUCCAAGCCCAACUCACGAAACUGAAGGAAAAAAAAACUCAAAACUCACUUGAUCUGUCUGUCUUUAAAUAGAACAUCUUAUCCACAUUUCCACAGCAAGGGGUAGACACCCAUAUUAUCCAUCUGUGUCAUGAUGCUAUUGGAACUGAGACACUUCAUUCAUUGGUGUAUUUUACCCUGACAUUGUUGCAAUCAUGUAUCACUUCGGCUCUUUGAUGCACACUAACAAACGAUGAUCACGAUCAUGAUAUUACGCGUCAUCUGGACCAUGGUGCUGGAUAUACAUCAUACAUAAUGGGAUCCUGAGACUGGGUCUCGACCAGAUCAGCGGCGUCAUCAUGUGAUGGAACUAGCCCCACCUCAGAAAAGGACUGAGCUAUGAGCUGUGCUGAACUCUGAGAACCUCAAGAGAACCUGUAAGAAACCCAAAGGAAACCUUGCUUUAGUCACUGAACUAAGGAAAGCUGAAACGUAAAGGAUCUGACCCGCAGUGAGUUGCCAAAGACAGAGAGACACAGUGGCUCUCUUGGGAAUUGCUGUCCUAGAUGGAAAAGGUGGUCAGCUUCUGUAUGUCACACAAGGUGCUUCUGGGAGCUUACUGGACACACGCACUUUGUACAGAUAUCAUGUGGUACAGUAGCUAUGUGACACCAGCCAGCUCAUCAUCUGUCUGUUGGCUUCUUACUUCCUCACCGUCGUCCCACUACUCUCUCCUUCACUCUUACUAACACACUCAUAUCCUUCUCUUCUAUCUCUCUCCUCCAGUCACACCCGUUCUC